UGAUAGAUUAUCUCGCCUCACUCCCUUGUCCGAGACAACUUCAACUUCCCAGCACUUCAACUUGAAGGCGAACAGAAACCUCAUAGUGACAAUGCCUUCUGCAACGAAGUCCACAAAGUAAGCCCCAUUCAUGUGCACACAUAUUCGCCACAGAGGGCUCACGUGUGUCUUCAUUCCAGGAUGACCAAUGGCGAGAGCAGCGGUCUCAGUGCCGGGAAGUUGAGCCAUAUUCCAGACGCGAGCAACGGUGUUGUCGACCGAUUCUCACAGUCAGCUUUUGCUGAUGAGCCUUACUUCGCUCGUGCACGCAUGCAAGAUCGGUCAGCUCACGUAUCACGUUUGAGCAGUCAACUUGACGCAACAGAAGAAAUAUUGCGGAAAUGAAGGUGGAAACUUCACGGAUAUACCUCUUCCCACCAAAAUUCGGGGGUGGCGGGAGUGCGAAGAAAAAAUUCAUCCAAAAAAUUGACAGAAUGAUGUUCUAUAUACAAAGUCUAUGAUUGUCUUAUUAGCGUACAUUUCAUCAAGCCUGGGCCCGAAGCUCAGAGGCGUUUUUUCAUUUCUUUUAUUUUCCCUGAUUUUUUGUCAUCGACCAAGUUCAAUAGACUUCUCUCAAUGCAAGAGCUCCACUAUCC